AAAUCGCUGAAUUCGUUACAACUUUGGAAUAUCAACUUUGACAAAAACGCGACAUUUAUGUUAGUUUUUGAAGUGUGAUAUAAUUUGCAAUUUCAAUGAGUUCCAAAGAAUGUGAUUGUACGGAUGAUGUCGAAAAACCGCAGGAAACCGAAAAACCACCCAAAAAACCAUCGAAACUACUUAAAUUUCCAAAAGUUGGGGAAAAGCAGAAAGAAAUUUUGUAUCACUACAAGGGUAGUGCCUUCAAGUUUGGCACAGCAGCGUGUAUUUUGAUAAUUUAUGCGACAGAUUGGAAAGCGGUCCUGCAAUAUGUGCCUUAUAUAAACGAGCCUUACAAAACCAAGUAGUGAAUGAAGGAUAUUAUAAGAGAAUUAACUUAAUAGAAUAUUGUACUUUUAAUUAAUGAUUCAUAUUAUGGGAAAUUGUUCUUGUUAGGUUCACCAAUAAGAAUAAAUUUUGUUUUGAAUGAUAA